AGCACUAAGCUCGGCCUCUGAAGAUACGUUUAGAAAUUGAAAAAUGUUAAGUUUAAAUUAUCUAAAUUUAGUAGGAAUCGUUCGGAUAUAAAAACAUACGGUUACAUACCUAUUACAUAUUUAAUCAAAUAAAUUUAAUGAAUUUCAUUAUAACUUUUUUUUAGUAUUUUUACUGCGUGACGUGAUAAGUGAUAACGCAGAACUUUUUGGUCUUGUGAUUUAAUAAUUCGUUAACUUAAUUUGAAAUAACAUCUUGCCUGUAAUGGAAUUUAAAUUUGACAUUAGUGAUAUAGCAACUGAAGAAAUCUUGAAAAUAGACCAUACACUGACAGUUCUUGGAUGCAAAAAAAAAGCGGAAUUACAAAAAAUGGUGGGAUUGAUUGUUGAUGGCAUGGGUAAUGCAUCAGCUGUAGCUCAAGAGCUAAAAUCACCUGUAACCAGUGCUGAAAAACUAGUCAACUCUGAUCACAUACUUUAUGUGAUGACAGAACAUUUAAAAGAAGGACACUUUGCUGUGGUAGGAAUAAUGAAAAUGGGCUGGAAAAAGUUAUAUGUUUAUAACAAAGUUGGUUCCUGCUCGGAGACAAUGGUUUAUUGUUUAUUAGACUUUUACAUUCAUGAAACAAGGCAGCGCAAGGGUUAUGGGAAACGUCUUCUUGAAUUUAUGUUAAAGGAUACUAAUUUGGAGGCAAAAGAUUUGGCUAUUGAUAAACCAACAAACAAAUUAUUACAGUUUAUGUGGAAACACUACAAUUUGUCUAAAUUGGUAAAUCAAGGAAACAACUUUGUUAUUUUUGAAGAGUUUUUUGAUGAAACGACUGAUGGAAACAUUAAUAAAGAUCGAGCUGCAGCAUACAAAAGACAACCAGCGUUUGGCCGCCACGGAGCUCAUAAGCAUCACGAUACAAUGGGCGAAAUCCUUCAAGGAGAUGGGAAUGCUGUGAGCAUGAAGUACAAAUAUUGCAGUAAUACUAACAUUGUUGAAAAUCAGUUUAGAGAAGUAAAUCCACAUCCCGAAAACUCAAAUGACUUUGAAAUAAAUAAAGAUGGUAAAUCUGUAAAAAAGGACUUAAAGUUUCAUCAUAACUCUCUAUGGUAAUUUGACAGUUACCAAUAAUACAAUAGUGUUCCUGUUAAAUAAAAAAAUUGUAUUAUAAAAUAAGUACUGCACUAAGUACAAAGUGCUUAAGGGUACACAACAAAGAAUCCCAAAUUUUUUUGCAAUGAUUUUAUGUGUGAAUUAUUGUAUGUUCUGUAAACAAAUUAUAUUUAUUUAAAUUAAUAAAUUAGCUAAUUAGCUUUGAUGCGGAGCUGAGGGGCCCAUUGGUUUUACUAUGAUAAGAGCUUUUUUUUUUUAGUCUGUACUUACUGUAACUUCUUUAAUACUGGACCAAUUUCUUCGAUUAGCAACUGUAUAAAUCACAAAUUUUAUCUAGUUUUUACCUUGCCUCCUCAAAGUUGGGAGGGGAGGAGUAAAAGUAGAAAAAUUAACUUCUUCCUUUAAAAUUGAGAAAAACUGUACGAGUUUAUAAUGUUCAACUUUUACUAGCUAUAGUUUCAAAGAAAAUGGUCGGAUCGUGUUGAAAUUCAAACGGAAUAUUCUUUUAGUGU